GUACACCGAAACUUUAAACCCUCGUAUGGAACGAGAAUACGCAUUCAACAUGGCGACAGAAACAAGCACGCCUGUGCAAAACAGCGAUACCAAAGGCGCACUUGGAAUACCCCAAGCUGAAUUUGUGGAAGAUGUUGAUAGUUUUAUGAAGAGAGAUGGGAAUGACUCUGCAGAGGCAGUGUUAAAGAGAUUAGAUGAAUCACAUAGCAAAUACAAGUUCAUGGAAUACAACCUUAGUACCAAAAAGGCCAGACUAAAGGCACAAAUUCCAGAUAUCAAAACUUCUUUAGAUAUAGUGAAACACUUACAGUCCAGGAAGGGCACUACAGAUCCAAUGGAAACUAGGUUUUUACUGUCUGAUCAAGUUUAUGCUAAAGCCAGAAUUCCACCUACAGAAAAUGUUAAUUUAUGGCUAGGGGCUAAUGUAAUGUUGGAGUAUGGGAUAGAGGAUGCUAAAGUAUUACUAGAGAAGAAUCUGGAGGCAGCCAAUAAAAGCUUAUCCCAGGUAGAAGAUGAUCUGAGUUUUAUCCGUGACCAGACUACAACAUUGGAAGUCAAUAUGGCACGGGUCUAUAACUGGGACGUCAAGAGGAGGCAAGCCUCUCAAGCCAAAUCCUAGUAGCAGCAGAAAGCAGAACUAUUCAUUUAGUGCUUCAGUCCCUUCUUUCAUCAUUUACUGUAAUAGCAGUGCCAAGGCAAUACUGGAACAAUCCCUGAAGAUCAAACCAUAUCACGGAUAUGCCAAACUGAUAAUUAGAACAAAAGAUGCAGACAUUUCUUUGUGCUUCUUCUUUUCAUUUGUAAUGAAAAUGCUUUUAAAUCAGGAAUAUCCUCUUUAGAGACUGCAUUUUGAAUCAGUUGUAAAAUAAAAACAUGACAUUUGAACUUUCAUUGAUUCUAUGAAUUUAAUAAAUUUAUAAAUCUACCUUUA